AUGUCUGUGAUCGGUAUUGAUUUCGGUGCUCAGAGCACUAAAGUUGGUGUGGCCCGCAAUAAGGGUAUCGAUAUCAUUACCAAUGAAGUCUCCAACAGAUCUACGCCGACCCUGGUGGGAUUCGGCCCAAAGAGCAGAUAUCUAGGUGAAGCUGCAAAGACACAGGAAGUCUCCAACCUCAAGAACACCGUCGGCAGUCUCAAGCGUCUCAUCGGUCGCACCUUAUCCGACCCGGAUGUGCAGGCCGAAGCGGAGUACAAUACCGCAACCUUCUGCGAGGUUGAGGGCCAGGUUGGUGUUGAGGUGAACUACCUCGGGAAGAAGGACAAGUUCAGCGCUACUCAGUUGGUUGCUAUGUACUUGAACAAGAUUAAGCAGACAGCUUCGAGGGAGAUUAAGUUGGGUGUUUCGGACGUCGUUAUCAGCGUCCCCGCAUGGUUCACAGACUCACAGCGACGAGCAAUGUUGGACGCCGCCGACAUUGCUGGUCUGAAAGCUCUCCGAUUGAUCAACGACACUACCGCUAUCGCUCUCGGAUAUGGUAUCACCAAGUUGGAUCUCCCUGGCCCAGAGGAGAAGCCUCGUCGUGUCGCUUUCGUUGAUAUUGGUCACAGCAACUACACAGUCUCUAUUGUGGAAUUCCGCAAGGGAGAGCUUAACGUCAAGGCCACUGCAUGGGACCGCAACUUUGGUGGUCGCAACUUCGACAAAGCGCUCACCGAUCACUUCGCUGAUGAGUUCAAGGAGAAGUUCAAGAUCGAUAUCCGUUCGAACCCCAAGGCUUGGGCUCGUACAUUGACUGCUGCCGAGAAGUUGAAGAAGGUUCUUUCCGCCAACGCUCAGGCACCUCUCAGCAUCGAGUCUUUGAUGGACGACAUUGAUGUUCGUGCUAUGGUGAAGCGUGAGGAGAUGCAGGAGAUGGUGAAGCCUCUCUUGGAGUGUAUUUCUAUUCCUUUGGAGCAAGCGCUUGCCGAAGCCAAGCUGAAGCCAGAGGACAUCGACAGCAUUGAGAUGGUUGGUGGUUGCACACGUGUUCCUAUCAUCAAGGAGACUGUUAGCAACUUCUUUGGAAAGCCUCUCUCUUUCACUCUCAACCAAGACGAGGCUGUUGCUCGUGGUUGCACAUUCAGCUGCGCUAUUCUGUCUCCUGUCUUCCGUGUGCGUGACUUCUCCGUACACGACAUUGUCAGCUACCCGAUUGAGUUCACUUGGGAACAAUCCCCCGAGAUCCCAGAUGAGGACACCAGCUUGACGGUCUUCAACAAGGGCAAUGUUCUUCCUUCCACAAAAAUUCUUACUUUCUACCGCCGACAGCCUUUCGAUUUGGAGGCUCGGUACGUUAAGCCCGAGGCUCUCCCUGGCAAGGUCAACCCAUGGAUCGGCCGUUUCUCUGUCAAGGGUGUCCAAGCUCAGGACAACAACGACUUUAUGAUCUGCAAGCUCAAGGCUCGUCUCAACUUGCACGGUAUUCUCAACGUCGAGUCCGGAUACUAUGUUGAGGAUGUCGAGGUUGAAGAACCUGUUGAGGAUGAGAAGAAAGACGGUGAUGCCAUGGACACCGACGCUGCUGAAGGUGAAAAGAAGACCCGCAAGGUCAAGAAACAAGUACGCAAGGGUGACCUUCCUAUCUCCGCCGGCACAUCUGGUCUCGAAGAGGCAACCAAGAGUGCUUGGACUGAGAAGGAGAAUGCUAUGACCAUGGAAGACAAGCUCGUUGCCGAUACCGACGAGAAGAAGAACGAACUUGAGUCUUAUAUCUAUGAGCUCCGCGACAAGGUUGAGACCGACUACGCAGAGUUCUCCAGCGAGGAAGAAAAGGAGAAGUUGCGGGCUAAAUUGACCGAAGCUGAGGAUUGGCUCUACGAAGAAGGCGAAGAUACCACCAAGGCAGUCUACGUCUCAAAGAUGGAGGAAAUUCGAUUCAUUGCCGGGCCCAUCAUCCAGCGAUACAUGGACAAGGUCGAGAAUGAGCGCCAGGCCAUUCUCAAGGCUCAAGAAGAAGAAGCCGCCAAGAAGCGUGCCGAAGAAGAAGCUAAGCGAAAAGCAGAGGAGGAGGCUAAGAAGGCCGCUGAGGGACAAAAGACGGAAACCCCAGACGCCGAGAUGAAAGAUGCACCAGCUGAGGGUGAAUCUAAGCCUGAUGUCGAAUAA